UGACGCGCCCGGAUUCACUAUGAAUCAGCUAAUCCAUGAAUGCCUGACCGCGCGCAGAGAGCAGCGUGGAGUUUCGUGGCGCUGGCGGCGCUGCUGGGCUGCUGCGCGGCGCAGGGCGCAGGGGCAGGGGCAGGGGCAGGCCUGCGCGAGCUGCUGGCGUGGAAGCAGGUGUCGUUCGCCUUCGCGGACGACGCGGCGCGGUCGCGCGCGCUGGACAGCGGGGUCUUCGUGCCAGAGCACAACGCGCCGCUGGGCCUGGACGUGUCGGGCGACCGGCUGUUCGUGACGGUGCCGCGCUGGCGCAAGGGCGUCGCCGCCACCCUCAACGUCGUCCACCUGGACGACGCCAUGCUGCGCUCGGACGGGCCGCCGGCGGCGCCGCUGCUGCAGCCCUACCCCAGCUGGGAGGCCAACACGCUGCCCGCCGACGGAGAAGGCGAGGACGCGGCGGCCGGGAAGCUGGUGUCGGUGUUCCGCGUGCGCGCCGACCCGUGCGGCCGCCUGUGGGCGCUGGACACGGGCCUGGACGACCUGCUGGGCAGCACGCGGCGCGUGGCGCCCGCGCGCCUCGUCGGGCUGGUGGUGUACUCGUGGAAGCAGAACGCGUCGUGGCGCGUCGAGCACCACUUCUUCAACUUCGACCCGCUGCGCGGCAACUUCCACAUCGGCGGCGCCAACUUCCAGUGGAAGGACGGGCUGUUCGGCGUGGCGCUGUCGGCGCCCGACGACGACGGCGGCCGCACCGCCUACUUCCACCCGCUGGCCAGCACGCACGAGUUCGCCGUGCCGACGCGCGUCUGGCAGAACAGCUCCGCCGCCGACGACUACUACGCCUACCGCGUGCUGGGGUCGCGCGGCGAGCGCGCGCAGUCCACCGCCUCCUUCAUCCACGAGCCGUCGGGCGUGCUCUUCUACACGCUCGUCAACCGCAACGGCGUCGGCUGCUGGAACACCAACAAGCCCUUCUCCGAGGAGAACCAGGGCCUGGCGGCGCACGACGACAAAGCGCUCAUCUUCCCCAACGACCUCAAG